AUGAAUAAAUCAUGGAGCAGAUUGAUAACCGUCGUUUUUGCAAGCCUUUUCUUAGCCUUGGUGGCGUUCAAAUCUCUUUUCCCUGGAGAUGAUCCUUACCGCUGUCGCGCGGUGCAGAAAACAGGUCGAUGGAUUGACCCCAUUCGCGAUGAGCAGGGGAACCGGGAUCCAUUCAAGCAAUGGCAACCUGAUGGCUGUAUCCUCAACCACUAUGACUCGCAAGAUAUUCGCAGAUGUACUGAAGGUCGUCCAAUUGUGAUCGUUGGUGACUCUACGUCUAAGAACCUCGGUCUUGCCAUGGCUAGUCUACUUGAUAAUAAGCAGUACAAAAAAGAUGAAGCAGCCCAGUUGUUCAGCAAGACAACAUCCUUCAACAUGACAUAUCACGGCCAGAGGAUAGAACGUGUUGCAAACGUCUAUAUCUCAUCGCAUGGUGUUCCAGGUCGCGAGCAGUUCGUCAGCCAUCUGGAAACUUAUGCAGAAGAAAAGACAAAGAUUCCAGCAAUUGAAGACCAAAAAGGCCCAGCCUUGAUCUACAUAUCUGCUGGCGCAUGGUAUACCCAUCCCCACUAUAGAGGUAUCGGGUCUACUGCCCUUGAUCCCUGGGACGAUCGUUUCUCGGCAUAUCAGGAUCAUCUAUCAAAAGUCGACAAAUUCAUUGGUGACAAUACACCACAUGAAGAUUGGUUCAGCGUACCAAUGGAUCCACGAGAUGGUAUUGGAAACCAGAUCUUCUACGCACCGCCCGCUGGGCCGCGAUAUCUGGGUAAUGAUACAAAAAUGGUUAUUGACAGAGGUCGCCGAGCAGAAGAAGUCAUCGAGAUGCAGGACUGGCUUCUGGAAAAGGAGGAUGACUUCAACAUCCCGUUCGUUUGGUCUAUCGCCAACCUUGUCGAGGGUCAAGACAAGGUCUGGCGCGAUCCCCUCCGCACCGGCUUUCACGUCAAGUUUCACGUCGCAGAGCUUCGAGCCAACAUUCUUCUGAACAUGCGAUGCAAUGCGAAGCUGGACCGCAUGAAGCCAUAUCCCUAUUCACGGACAUGCUGCACCGAUUAUGGCGUCAAGCCAAUGGUGCAGCUUUCCGUGGUAGCAUUUGGUAUCGUGUACCUGGCUGCUUGCAUCAUUUGCGAGAUCUUGGAUAUGUGUGCCGAUCGAAGUCCCGACCAGCCUCGCUUUAAGCUACUCAACAUGCAAGCCGGAUGUCUCGUAUUAGCACUUCUGAUGUGCUACUACGCUGACCGCACACAGAUGAUGGCAAAGGGAAGCAAGCUUUGGCAACUCAGAGACUUUGUCGCGCUUUGCAUUGCCUACAUUGCAAUCAUGUUGGCCACUAUUCGACGUAUCAAAUCGCCUAUCCCGAAGGAUCUGUCAGUGGAUAUAAAAGAUGCAGACCAACCAUUCCUCUCACGAGAUCAGACCGAUGAGUGGAAAGGAUGGAUACAGGUCUUCAUUCUUAUCUAUCACUGGACUGGUGCUCAGGGUGGCUCAACCUACGUUCUCAUCCGAGUAUGCGUUGCGGCAUAUCUUUUCCAAACGGGCUACGGACAUACGCUUUACUUCCUGAACAAGAACGACUUCUCAUUCAACCGUGUCGCGGCCAUGCUACUUCGCCUCAACAUACUGAGCUGCUGUCUCGCGUACUUCAUGGAUACAGACUACGUGUUCUACUACUUCCCAUCUCUCUUGUCGUUCUGGUUCCUCGUCGUUUACGUGACAGUGGCGACUAGACCAAGAUACAACGGCGAUUUGCAGGUUAUGCUGGCCAAGAUAUGCAUGUCUUGUCUCUUUGUAUCGAUGAUAUUCAUGGGUACGCCUCUUACGCGUUGGGUCUUUGAGAUUCUCAACACUGUUUUCAAGGUCCAGUGGAAUUAUAAGGAAUGGCAUCGCCGCGUCACACUUGACAUGCUCAUCGUCUACGUUGGUAUGCUGACAGCCGUUGUCAACCGGCACUUGAAGAAGCCUGUUCACCUAGGACUUCGUGUAGCGCUUGCUCUAGCUGGCUUCUUCGCCACGACACAUUAUUUCUUCGCGACCUCGGGUCUUCGCAUGGCUGCGUACUCGACAUGGCAUCCGUACGUAUCACUUGUGCCAAUCCUGGGUUUCAUUGCCAUGCGAAACGUCUCGGGUCCUGUUCGAAAUUAUCACUCCAAAGCUAUGGCUUGGCUAGGCCGUUGCUCGUUGGAAACCUACAUCCUCCAGUUUCACAUCCUCCUCGCGGCCGAUACCGAGGGUGUUCUCAUUGUCGAUGGUCUGUUUGGCGAUGGAUCACUCAUGGGAGAUCGAUGGAGGACUCUGGUGAUCAUUCUGCCAAUUUUCCUAUGGAUCAGUCACGCGGUCGCUGGUUCAACAGCAUACAUCGUCAAGAUGAUCAUGCAUCAAGGCACAGAAGAUGAGAAGUUCAGCGGAUCUUCUUUUUGGGUUUGGUUGGAGAAGAUUCCGGGUUUCUCCGGCCUCUCAGCACCCAAAAUCAGGGUUAUUUGCAUCUUAUUAGUUAUGUGGUUGCUCAAUCUGAUGAGCCCAGGGCAUGGAAUCCCUUCAGUGUUUGACGGUGGACAUUCGGUGGUUGUGGCACCAAAGUUUCCAAAGGAAUUUCCUUAUUCAGUAGCGAAUAGAACUGUAUGA